CUGGCAAUCUCACAUCCUCUUCCGUUUUCAUGUGCCUUGCUUUAUUUUAGGGCUGUUUGUGAAGACUGUGCUGUGCACCCUCAUUGGUGACUAUAAUGUGGUCGGGAGGGUCGAGUUUUCCACCCAAAUUGUGUUUUCCUGGUGCAUUUUUUGCAAAUGUUGCACCAACAGGAGGCACUUUGAUAGUAAGUCUCCUCUAGACAGACAGAGGAACCAGUCGCAGCACUGGUAGUGAGUGGUCACUGCAGGGAUUUUUUUGCUAUGUGAAAACACAGUAAAGACCAAAAGAGUUGCACAGACACACACAAAGUGCACAGGCACUUUCACAGAGCUGAAAAGAAAAUUAUGAACCAGACCAGCUGGGAUAAUUCAAAUGGCAAUGUGCACCUGGUUACUGGGAACUGGGCAAGACAGUUUUAUCAGAUGUCUGAUAGGCCAUGCUAAGAAAGGCAGCCUAAAAAGGAAAGAUGGGAUUUAGAGGGUAAGUGAAAGUAGCUUGGAAAAUAAUCGGUAUCUAUAAAUAAGCGCAUAGGGGAAAGGGACGAUUAGGUACCUAAUCUGUAUUAGGUGAAUACAGAUUAGAAGGUAGCGCUGGUAGGGGAUUGAUAAAGAAAUGAGAAGAAGCGCAGCCAGCAGAAGGAAGAACAAUGAGGAGGUUUUUUAAGGUAGGUCUGGAAUGGAAGGAAUCCUAACAAGGGGAUCGAUACACUGCUAGAUGGAAAUGGUAGAAUUGCUGCCAAUGAAUAUUCCCAAAUCCAAGAGACUUUCUGAUGUGAUCACAUGCAAAUGCAGGCAGGAGAGGACUCAGCAUGGUGAGAGGCUGUUGUGGCUCCAUGACACUAAAUCACCUUUUCACCUUCCCUGUCUUUUCUUUGCAUCCCAAAUUCCUGCAGCUGAUGCCCAGCUGCCCACGGUCAGCCAAACCUGGGAGCAGAGAAAGACGGAUCUCCAGAAGCACAGCCAGCACAUCCAAACAUCACCACAGGCCCACACAAACCAUGUCCAAGCUCCCAGUGGUAAAUCAGCCAAGAAGCAGCAGCAGAAGAGCUCAGGGGCGGAAGACAGGCCUCGAAAGAAAGUGGAGAAACUAGUCAAGAAGAAAAGGUAUAUUAUACCGAAAAUCAUUGUCACCAGGCCCUUGGAUGAGGAGGAGAGCUAUACUGAUGUGGAUAACCUCCCAGAGUCCAAAACCAUCAGAGAUACAGAGUACUAUGGUCCAUAUAAUGUACACACAAAACCCAGCACCAUAGAGGCUUACCAAGUCAAGAGAGAAAUGCCGUGAGUUCUGAUUCUGGAGCGUCCUGUUGUUCUCUCCUCCUGACAACACAAAGACACAAGGAUGCAACAAAUGCCAUUAGUUGAGCUCCUCAACUAAUAAACAGGGGUCUGUAACAACAACUUCGUUCAUGGUCUCACUUUCCCUAGCUCCCUGCGACAUCUGGAGAAGGAAGAGGAGAAUGGGAAUGGAGAAGCUUGCUAAAAAAUAAAUGUAUUUAGUCAACCAUUUAAGAUUCCAA